AUGUUCGCCGGAGCGGCCGAUCAGGUGGCCGGGCUGCGCCAAUGGCUGCUGCCGCAGGUCAAGGGCCUGCGCCUGCUGAGCGUGGACGACACCCAGCGUGGCGUGCGCCAGGCGUUCGACCUGGCCGGGCGCUUCCUCGGCCUGAGCGCGCUGCUGGCGGUGCUGCUGGCCGGCGUGGCAACCGCGCUGGCGGCCAACCGCUUCGCCCUGCGCCGCAUCGACCAGGUAGCGAUCCUGCGCUGCCUGGGCGCGCGCCAGCGCGACAUCCUGUUCGGCCUGGCACUGCAGCUGCUGAUGCUGGCGGUGCCGGCCUGUGCGCUCGGCAUCGGCCUGGGCAUGGCUGCGCAGGAAGGCCUGGUGCAGGUGCUGGGCAGCCUGGUGCCGCAGCGCCUGCCGCUGCCCGAAGCGAUGCCGGCGCUGACCGGUGCCGGCAUCGGCCUGUUGCUGCUGUUCGGCUUCGGCCUGCCCCCGCUGCUGCGCCUGCGCGGGGUGCCGCCGAUGCGCGUGCUCAACCGCUCCUUCGCCGCGCUGCCACCGGCAUCGCUGCUGGCCUAUGUCGCGGCGCUGGCGGCCAGCCUGCUGCUGGCGGUGCAGGUCACCGGCGACCUGAAGCUGGCCCUGUGGGUGCUGGGUGGGCUGGCCGCACUGGCAGUGGCCGCCGGUGUGGUCGGCUUCGUGCUGCUGCAGCUGCUGCGCGGCCUGCAGCACCGCCUGCAUGGCAACUGGCGCCUGGGCCUGGCCGCGCUGACCCGGCGCCGCAUGCUGGCGGUGAUGCAGCUGGUCGGGCUGUCGCUGUCGCUGUGCGCGCUGUUGCUGCUGGCGGUGACCGGUCCUGGCCUGCUGCAGCAGUGGCGCGAGCGGCUGCCUGCAGAUACGCCGAACUACUUCCUGAUCAACAUCCAGCCCGAACAGCGUGACAGCGUGCUGGCCGCGCUGCGCGGAUUGGGCGCCAACGAUGCCAGCAUCGAACCGAUGGCCACCGGCCGCCUGAUCGCGAUCAACGGCAAGCCGCCGCUGCGCGUGGACCGCACGCCGGAACAGAACGGGCAGCCGGCAUCCGGCGAGGCCCAGCGCGACGACGAUGACGAGAACCGGCCGUUGAACUUCAGCUGGCGCAACAGCUUCCCGCCGGCCAACACGCUGGUCGACGGCACGUUCUGGAAGGCCGACAGCACGGCGCCGGAAGCGUCGGUGGAGAUCGGCUGGGCCAAGCGUUACGGGGUGGCCAGCGGCGACCGCAUCAGCAUUGCCGUCGGUGCGCGAUGUGAUGGAGCGGGUGGCGCAGGCGGUGCAGCUGGUGAUGGUGUUCAGCUGCUGGCCGGCGUGCUGGUGCUGCUGGCCGCGCUGCAGGCCACGGCCGGCGAGCGCCGCUAUGACAGCGCGGUGCUGCGCACGCUGGGCGCGACCCGGCGCCAGCUGCGCGGUGCGGUGCUGGUGGAAUUCGGCGCACUGGGCACGUUGGCGGCGCUGCUGGCGGUGGGCGCGGCGGCGGCCAUCGGCGUGGCGGUCUCGCAAGAAGGUGUUCGAGCUGCCGCUGCUGCCGCCGUGGCCGGGCCUGCUGCUGGGCGGCGUGGUCGGCAUCGGGCUGAGCCUGCUGGCCGGCUGGUGGGGCACGCGGCGCAUCCUGCAUGCGCCGCCAGCCCUUGCCUUGCGCGAAGCUUGACGCUGCUUCGGAUCGGAGAGCGUGCCGAGCAAGCUCGGCACCUACUAAAAGCGCAGGACUAG